CCUGCAUAGCGCAUGGACCUUCGAGACUCCUCCGUUACAAAAGAAUCUGAGACUCGUGUCUUCCGCGGUUCUUCGCUUGUUUCACCUCCCCUCAUGCCAGCUGGAUUAUAUCAUAUGUCUGUUCGCAAAGUUCGAGUCCAGACUAAUAUACCACUCACGCUUGGGGCAUAUCCGCGAUUCGGACAAGAGCCGGAAUCCCUGCCAUUUUUGGGUGUAGUGAGUAUGAUGAAUCAGAAAGGAAAAGAAAAGAAAAAACUUGUCUCAGUCCAUCAUUUUGCUGCUAUACCGAAAUGAAGCGAAGGAUUCACCAGAAUUCCAGCC